AUGUUAAAACAAGAGGAAUAUAAUGAAUCAGAACUAAAAUCAAGAUAAUAUGAAAAAACCGCUAUCUCUAUAUGCGAAUUGAAUUAUAGACUUACUUAAAUGGAAAAUUAAUAUCAAUAAGAAUCAAGAUAAUAACAUAAUAGAAUUGAUGUUGAUUUCAGAAAGUAUUUGACCACCUUCAGUAUCAUUAAAAAGAAAGAUUAUAGUAUUAACUAAAUCUAGAAGUAUAUAGUAUUCAAUAUUAAGGAUCUUUGAUCGUCAAUGUGCAGAGUAUGAUCUAGAACUUUUGAAUUAAAUAUAAGAUGAUAAAAAAUAUAGGAAAAUGCUGAUAAAACUACAAAGAGUUUAAAAAAAGGCUUGGAAUAUGAAUCUGGAUAAAAAAGAAGACAUCAAAGAAAUAUGUAGAGCAUAAGAAUUUCCAGAUAAAAUUUUAGAUGAAAUUGCUUAAACAAUUAAAAAUUACAAUAGAGAAUGA